AUGUCAGAAACAUUAUCAAAUGACUAUGUCAUCGAAUCCAACUGGGAUGAAUCAGUUGAGAGUUUUGAUGACAUGGAACUCAAAGAAGAACUCCUAACUCCCCCCCCUCCGUGAGUGAACAAAAAAAUUUUGUUCACUCACGGAGGGGGUUUAAUUUUUUUUUUAAAAAAAAUUUAUAUAUAAAUUUUAUAGAAUUUUUUUUUCUUUCGAAAUUUAAAAAAAUCCUAAUUUGCAAAAAUUGGAGAGCAGAUAUUAAUUUAAUUUAUAAAAUUUAUGUUUUAAAAAGCAAUUUGUUUAAAAUUAAACAGAAUUAGCUCUAGAUUUCAUUAUAAUAAUUAUUUACUUAUAUAUCAAAAUUUUUUUCCAUAAAAAAUUUUUCUAUUUAAAAAAAUUGUGUUCACUCACGGAGGUGGGUUUUUGGGCAAAAAAUAGCGAUUUUUCUAAUGGUUUUGUUCACUCACGGAGGGGGGGAGUGAGAGGAAUUUACUCUUAUGGGUUCGAAAAACCGUCAGCCAUACAGCAAAAGGGUAUCAAACCAAUUGUUCUGGGACAUGAUACUAUUGCUCAGGCGCAAUCAGGAACAGGUAAAACAGCCACAUUUACUGUUGGUCUGCUCCAACUGAUCGAUACAGACGUGAAUAGACUCCAAGCUUUGGUACUUGCACCCACCAGAGAGCUCGCUCAGCAGAUCUUUCGCGUCGUCAGCCAAAUCGGCGAGUACAUGCACGUUAAGGUGCAUGCGUGCAUUGGAGGCACCCUCAUUAAAGAAGAUAUCAGGACACUUGAAAGAGGGGUGCAAGUUGUCGUCGGGACACCUGGCAGGGUUUUUGACUUACUCAACAGAAACCUCAUGUCUGCUCAGCACUUACGAAUUUUCAUCCUGGAUGAAGCCGACGUGAUGCUUUCAUUAGGCUUUAAAGAACAAAUCCAAGAAAUUUUCAGACAUCUCCCAGGCAACAUCCAGUGCUGUUUGCUUUCUGCAACUAUGCCCUCAGACAUACUUACUCGUCCCCUCCGUGAGUGAACAAAGGCAUCUAUUUUUUGCCCAAAGACCCACCUACAUGAGUGAACAAAAAUAUAAUAGAAAAUUUUUUUAUGGAAAAAAAAUUUAACAUAUAAGUGAUAAUUAGUAUAAUGAAAUCUCGAGCUAAUUCCGUUUAAUUUUAAACAAAUUGCGUUUUAAAACAUAAAUUUUACAAAUUAAAUUAAUAUUUGCUUUCCAAUUUUUAUAGAAGUGAGAUUUUUUUUAAAUUUUGAAAAAAAAAAUUUAAUAAAUUUUUUUUAAAAAAAAACAUUUAAACCCCCUUUGUGAGUAAACAAAAUUUUUUUGUUCGCUCACGGAGGGGGGAGUUAAGCUAACCGAAGAUUUCAUGAGAAAUCCGAUCCGUAUUUUAGUAAAAAAAGAUGAGUUGACUUUAGAAGGUAUCAAACAGUACUAUAUCCCUAUUGAAAAAGAAGAGUGGAAGUUUCCUACUCUGACUGAUUUAUAUGAAAACUUAGACAUAACCCAAGCAAUCAUUUAUUGUAACACCCGCAGAAAAGUGGAAGAGCUGGCUCAGUCUAUGACUGAAAAAGAUUUUGUUGUGUCAUUUAUGCAUGGAGAAAUGGAGCAAAAUCAAAGGGAACUUAUUAUGAGGGAGUUCAGAAGUGGGUCAAGCAGAGUUCUUAUAACAACUGAUUUGUUGGCCAGAGGGAUUGAUAUCCAGCAAGUUUCUUUGGUUAUGAAUUAUGAUCUUCCGAAUAACUUCGAAAAUUAUCUGCAUCGUAUUGGAAGAAGUGGAAGAUUUGGCCGCAAAGGAGUGGCCAUUAAUUUUGUGACGGAACAGGAUGCUCAGUUUUUAAGAGAUUUGGAACAACAUUAUUCAACUCAAAUUGAGGAAAUGCCUGAAGAUGUCGCAACGAUCCUUUAA